AUGAGUACAGAGGAAAAGAAAAGUAGAAAAUCAGUAGCAAGAAGAGCAUUACCAAAAAAUAUAUUAGAGUCACCACUAAUAAGUAGUGCCGAUCCAGUUGGUACUACAAAUACAGCACCUUCACCAGUUGCUUUGUUUAAAAAUUUAGAUUUCUCAUUGUUUGGAAGUAUUAAAUCAGAACCACAAUCAAACUCAACAGUCACAACCUCUACCAGUACAACUACCACAACCACCACUACAAUUACUACAACAUCGAAUGGAGUACCACCAAUAAACUCACCAAAUACAAUACCUGCAAUACAAGAAACCAACUCUAACAAUCAUAAUAACACAAGUUUAAGUAAACCAAAUACACCACACACAAAAUCCGAAAAUAAUAUAACAAAUAAAGAUUCAAAUCAUCUUCCAAAAAUAUCGCUUGAAGAUGAUUCACCAAUAAUACAACCAUCCUCAAUAAAUGGUAUUACCGAUAAUAGAGAAGAUACGCAUCACGACAAUAGUAGCAGCAGUAUUACGAACAAUAAAAUUAAACAAGAAAAACCAGAAAUUAUUAAAACAGCUAGGCAACUAGAGAAAGAAAAACAAGAAAAAGAAAAGUUAGAAAAAGAGAAAUUAGAAAAGGAAAGAUUAGAAAAAGAAAGACAAGAAAAUGAAAGAAAAGAAAAAGAGAAACAAGAACAAGAAAAAGAAAAGCAAGAGUCUAUUGAGGAACCUCCACAGCCUACCGAGAAAUCAUCAAAAAGAUCAUCAUCAUCAUCAACAUCAUCAUUAUCAUCAACCAUCUCACCAACUACAAAUUCAGCAGCUUCAACCACAUCGACUAUUGGUACUCCAAGAAAAGGUUUUGCUAAAGGCAAAGGCAAACCAGCAGCACAACAACCACUAUCACAAACAGAACCGUUAGCAAAAGAUAAGCAUUCAGAAACUAAAGAAAUAAUACAAAAGCCAACAUCAAAGAAAGCAGCAAUCGAAAAGAAAUCGACUAUAGAUGACGAAGAAGAGGAAGACGAUGAAGAGGGCGAAGAAGAGGACGACGAGGAAGAAGAGUCUGUAAUUAGAUGUAUUUGUAAUAACAAUGUAGAUCAUGGUCUUAUGGUUCAAUGUGAAACUUGUGAUAAAUGGCAACAUAGUAUUUGUUAUGGCAUCAAGCAAGAAAGUAAUUUACCAAAACAUUUUUAUUGUGAAUUAUGUGAAAAUAAGACUAUGGAUUGUGUUUGUGGCAAGAAAGAAUCCAAUGUAAAGAUAAUUCAAUGUUUAUCCUGUAAUAAUUGGAGUCACCUUACAUGUGUAUCAAAGAAUCUUAGAGAUAUACCAGAUCCAUUCACAUGUGCAACUUGUGAAAAAUCUGAUAAUUUAGAAAAUAAUCUUAUCGACUCCGAAGAGACUCGUGCUACACCAAAUAAACCAGGAAAGAAAAGAAAAUCAAUUAAUUCUAUGGGUAAUAGGAGAAAGAAACCAAAUGUAUCAAGUACACCAGCCUCACCAGUUGCAGUUGGCAAAAAGCCACCAUCGACUCCAUCCACCACUCCACCAAUGUCUGAUGAAUCAUUAGAAUCAAUUUUAAGCUCAAACAAUAAUAGCGCAACAACUCCAACUCAAUCAUCCACCACUUUAACAACUACUUUAUUAUCUUCAUCAUCUACUCAAUCAUCAAGCACACCAAAAAUUAAAUCAGACUCACUCUUUGAUGACCAACAGGUUACAGCAGAUAGUGGUAAAAACACACCAAUUUUAGAAGCAGAUUCACAAAAUGGCCCACCAUCAUUAUUAAAAGAUUUUGACCAAAACAGCAAAGAUAUGAAAUUUAUUGAGGAUUUACUUUCAGUAGAUUCUAUUGCUUCAACCCUAAACUCAAUUCCUGAAGAAUCAGAAUCACCUUAUUUAGAACAAGCAUUAGAACUAUUUUCAUUUUUGGAUUUAAAUUUAAUUAAAAGUGAUUUAAUUGAUGAUUAUUGCAAAAGAAAAUAUAAUUUAAGUGAUGAAAAAUAUAAACAAGAUAUGAAAUUAUCAAAACAAUGUAUAAAUAACCUUACAAUAGACGACAAUAUAUUAUUCCAAAAGUAUUGCUUAUUAUUUAUUGAAGUACCAGUUAAACAAAAGAACAAUUUAAAGAAAGCAAUUUCAGUUUUAUUAGAAAUACCAGAGGAAAAAACCAAUCAAUACAUGAUCCAAUUUGCACACGAGCUUUCAAACCAAAUCAAAGAUGACAACAGCAAACUUUCAACUACACCAAUUAAAAUUGAAAAUAACGAAGAGCAACAACCUGAAAACAAUUUACAUUCACCAAAUUCAGAUAGUGGCUCAGAAGAUGAAAUGGAAAUUGAUGAAGAGGAUACAUUAGUAUGGUCUAAAGUUGGCUUAGAGAAUAGUUUCGAUAAAGAUUUUAUAGUACCAAAUGAUAUUCCAAAGUCUCUUACAUAUAAUGAAGCCCAAUAUGAAAAAGCUGGCACCGAUAGAAUAAUAUUGGGUAAAUUUAGAACAAAAAACAAAAAAUUCAAACAUCCACCACAAGAUCAACACCAACAAGAGCAACAAAAAAAAUCAAAUGAUCAAUUAUCAUCAGAGCAAAUUCAAAAAACUAUAUUAUCCAAGUAUGAUCAAGAUAUGAAUAAUUUUAUUGGAGAAUGUACAGGUUUAUUCCAAAAUUAUUUCUCAUCGAUAAAGAGUGAAUGGGCUAACCCAAAUAGUUUUCUCUUAAAUACAAUCAACUCAAAUAUAUUUUUAUUUAAUACAACUUAUCAAUCAUUAAAUGGUACUAAAAAUUUAAAACACGUAUAUAGUCCAAAAGAAAAAGAUCUCUGUAUAGAUUCUAGAUCUGGUUCAAUUUGUAAAUUUAUAAGAAGAUCAUGUUUACCAAAUUCAAAUAUAGUAUUUUCAAAUAAUAAUAAUAAUAAUAAUAAUAAUAAUAAUAAUAGUUUUAAAGCAUCAAUUUUUAAUUUAUAUAGUUUAGAAAAAAAUCAAGAGGUUACAAUUGACUUUGAUUAUCCAUUUAAAUGUUUAAAAAAUAGAAUUUAUUGUCCCUGUGGAACUUCAACAUGUUCUGUCUCGAUUUGGUUUAAUGAAAGAGCUUCAUUAGGUAUAAAAAUGUUAGAGAUGUUGGGUGAAACAGUUGAUCCAAAUUUAAAGAAACGAUCACUCGAAGAAAGUUCUUCAAAUGCUACUUCAAACUCCAAAGGUACUACUGGAAAGAGAAAGAGGAGACCAAAAUCAUUAGCUUUAGAAAUGGAUCCAAUAUUUUUACAAGGUGCUACUGUAGAUAGAUCAUUAAGGGAGGAAAGAAAAUUGCAAGCUAUCAUUCAAAAUAUUGAACAAUUAGAAAAGAAAGAAAAAGAAAAGAAUAGAAAACAACAAGCACAACAACAAACACAACAAAAUAAUUCAAACGAAAACUCACCAUCUUUAACCUCAACUGUAAAUAGCUCACCCAAAUCAACAAAUAAAAAGAAGAAAAUUAAAUCUGAAAGCGAUAAUGAUAUUGAUAUGGUCGAUAUAUCAAAAUCAAAGCAAAUCACCCAAAAUGGUUUAUCACCAAUUUUACAAUCAUCAUCAUUAAAAGAAAAAGAAAUAUCUUCUUCUUCCUCAUCAUCAUCUUCACCAACAUUAACAACAACUACUACAACAACAACUACAACGACAACAACAACCAAUAAUACCACAUCAGAAGAUGAACACAGCAAAUCUAAAUUCCUUGGAAAAAAAGCAUGGCUUCAAGAGUUUAAACAAAAAGAAAAAGACCUACCUAGUAUCAAAGAAGAAGAAGGAAGAAUUCUAACAGAUAACGAUAGCGACAGUUUACAAGAAGAGGAGGGCUCAAUUCCAAAUGAUGAACUUCCAACAACUCCAUCCAUUAGAGGUGUUUCUCCUAAAUCAGAUCAUCAUCAUUCAGACCAACAAAUGUCAUUAUCCAAAUCAUCAUCAGGUUAUCAACACGAUAGAGAUCAAAGACAUAGUAAUUAUACUCCAUCACACUCUCCAACCCAAUCACCAUCAAUGAAAGGUGGAUUAUCAUUCCGUGACCCAAUCGACCAACCAUAUCGUUUAUCACGUGAAAGAAGCGGUGAGCUAGGUGGAAGCGGUAAUAACUUGAGGGAAAGCAAUCGUGAUUUACCAGUCAGAGAUGGAAAUCGUGGUGAUAGAGAAAACUGGAACGAUAGAAGAGGCAAUGAACAUAUGAGAGAAAACUGGCAACUAUACAACGACAGAGAGGGCAACUUUGAUAGAAGAUUCGGUAGUGGUGGUAAUAAUAGAGGUUUUAAAGACGAUCAUUGGGAUAGUCCUCAUAGAAAAAGUGGUUGGGAUUCAAGUUUAAGAUUAUAUAACAACGAUAAAAAUAGAAUACCAUACAACGAGAGAGGUAACCCAAUUGAUAAAAGUGGUUGGGAUAGAAGACCUGUUAAUAGCGGUAGUUAUCCAAGAAAUGGUUUCUCACCAACCUUAUCAUCCUAUCAUGACGACUAUGAUAUGGAUGGUAAUGAAGGUAAACCAAAUGCCCCAAAUACCCCAUCAUCCUCAACCAAAUCACCUCAGCUCAACGAUUCUUUCAAUAAAUACAAUAACUUUUAUAACAAUCAAAGAAAUUCAAACUAUCAACAAAAUAGAUCAGGUAAUUCACCAACUCUUUCUGAUGAUUAUGAAGGUCAGCAAUGGAACAGAAAUAAACCCUAUUUUAAUAAAAGAAGAUAAUUUAUUUAUUAAAAAAAAUAAAAAAAAAGAAAAA